UUUCAAGGAGUAAGGUAAAGGUGGCAGUCGUGAUCCACAUUUGCCACAAAGGUUUCGCCUAUUUUUAGGCAGCAGAUUGUCAAUGACAUGCCUCCAGAAGUGGGAGCUCCCAUUAAUGAAGAAUUCACAUGACUCUUAAGUUCAAGCGGCAUUUUACAUGUCAAGUAGCUGGAUCAGCACUGACUUUUGCUUGACAAAUUUUGUUCUCUGUUUCAAUUGACCUAAUUUGCUGUCCUUUUCCAAAAUGUUGGCACAGGCAACGCUCUCUCUCACACGGAAUUAUCAGGCAGCUGUGCAGUGGCGACGGUAUCAUAUUUGUUACCAUGGUAAAUAUUCUUCCGGGAGGGUGUAAAUCGUGGACUAGGAGGUCUACUUGCUAUGCUCGAGAUGAGAAGAAUAUUGUAUGUGUGGGUGUUUGGAUCAUUUGUGAAAAGGACAACAUCCACCCCCCUCUUCCUCUGGCCCUCCCCGCCACCUCUGUCCUUCUUUCACUCUCUCUCUCUCUCUCUCUCUCUCCGUCUCUCUCUCUCUCUCCUCUCUCUCUGUGAGUCCCAGCCCCUGAAAGUGUCAUAGCUGCACUUGCUCCUCACUCUCUCUUUCUCUCCCUCUCUCUCUCACUCACUCUCUAUCACCGCCUUUCAGAUCUUUAAAAGCCGGUGCUGUGCCGUGUCUCCUUCGAGCUCCGUUUGUCUCCUCUGACACUGCAGGAGACUCGGCCGGCAAAGCGCCAAAGAUAGCUAUCAUAGAAGCGGGAGGGCGAGUGAGAAAAGGGAGAGACAGGAGAGGGCAGGCGUAGCUUCAGCCACAUUCACCUGUCAGCGUGGAGAAUUUGAGAAAUGCCUUUGCUUUGCCACUUGACUAGCGUUGUCUUACUGCUAAUUGUUCAGUGUGGAUCAUGGACAGGGGCGAACCGUUUGGGCCCCUUCAAGGUCUGUCCUAGUUGCAGGGAUCCGCCGGGGGCAGGGAGGACCCCCAGGGAGCACAAUGUUGCCGGCGGCACGUCGGCGUUGGCCCGGGGAGAGACCUGUGGCGUGUACACCCUGAGCUGUGCCAAGGGGCUCCGCUGUGUGCCCCCGCCACGGGAGCACAGCCCCCUUCAGGCUCUUUUGCAAGGCAGGGGCGUUUGUGUCAAGCACAGCAGGACCAGUCCCACUGAGAGGCCCCACCCGACAGGACCUCAUCCUUCACACAGUGGUGACAUUGAAAAAGCACCGUGUCGCAAACUGCUCAACAGUGUCCUGAGGGGUUUGCAGCUGACCAUCAUCCAGUCUGACCGCGACAUUUAUGUACCUAACUGUGACACCCGGGGCUUCUACAGAAAAAAGCAGUGCCGCUCUUCCAAAGGCACGCGGCGCGGCCACUGCUGGUGCGUGGACGAGCUGGGCACACCGGUGCCCUCGCGGAGCGGCGAGGACGGCGUCCUACCGUGCGACGGGCAGUGAGAGCCCAGCCGGCGCUACGGUUCUGCGCCUGGAUGACGAGGAGGGAAGGAGAGGUGCUCGGGGAGACGACGGGAGCUUUACCGUGGGCUAGACUACAUGGAUCGGCACCGCCUGGACAGAAGGUAGCAGGGGAAAAAAAAAAACACUUCUGUCAGUCGUGAAGAAAGACACGCAGGGAUGAGAACAUCCGCGCCGACGUCCGUGCGCUCGCUCGUAUGAAGGAGAGGGUCUGUCUCUUCCCUGCCUCCAUCUUGUCCCGGCUGCCGGGUUACGGUCCAUUUCUCUUUUUCGUCGGACGCUGCCUACGUUAGUUCCCAUCUCAGCGGGCUGAAAUACUGUUAUGCGGGUGAUGUGACACAAUGCUUGACAAAUGUGUCUCCCUCACCAUCCUCUCAAUCUCCCUCUCUCCAAAGAUACACUGAUAUCAUUUGUUUUACAUCCUGCUUUAGGCUUACAACCAUACAACCUGAUAUAUUUGUAUAUGCCGUGUCUGAAAAAAAUGGUCCAAUGAAAUCCAUCCAGGACGCUUUAUUCGUCAACUCGGUGUGGUGACUGCUUGUGGGCUGAUUGUUUGUACAAAUGUUGAACUUUUGUGCGUUGUGAAGCGGCAGACAAAAAGCGUAGAGCUGUUAUUCUUUUCAAAAAGUCGUAAGGUAUAUUUUUAUACACCUCGAUAUAUUUUAUAUAUGAAUUAUUGCUUUAUUUAAGGAACUACAGUAUAAUACCAUGUAUUUUUAUAUUGUUAGCUAUUCCCUAUUUUAAGACAGAUUAUUUUGUUUCAUGUUGGUGGAAGUCUAAUGCUUUAAGGGCACCUUUCUGAAAAAUAAUUGUCAUCAGAGCUCAAUUUAGCUACUGUACAUCAUAUUUUCUUUACACUUUUUAUUGAUGCUUUGAGAAUGUCCAUAAUACUAUUAUGUUCUGCCCUUACUAAUACUGUGCUGUGCUUCUGAUUUGAAUAGGCAAGACAAAAACAAGUCUUGCCAAAUCCCUAAAAAUCCUGUUAAGUGGAAUUACAAUUUUGCCAUUUCUGACCAAUCUUGUUGUGUCGAUGUGUUACUGUGAUGGAUGUUUGCACACAAAGGACAUGAAACAUAAUGAUAACAAAUACGGAAACGAAUAAAACAUACAUUCAUCGGA